GACUGAUAGACGUGUACGUCGUGUACUAAUCCUGUCACUUUUUCACUGCUAUUUUCUUUCGAAAAUAUUGAAAUAGAAAGUGUUGAUCAUUCUAAUUUUUAGUAAAUAUAACGAUUUAAGAUGUCACAAAAGCUUAAAACCCCUACUUGUGUUUGUUGUACAAAUUAAUCUCGUACGUGUCUGUGGAUAGGAAGAUUUUAUUUCGCCAUAGUAUCAUAAGUUUUCCACAAUGGUUUUAGCAGAUUUGGGUCGUAAAAUUACCACCGCUUUGCAGUCUCUAAGUAGAGCUACAAUUAUUAACGAAGAUGUCUUGAAUUCUAUGCUAAAACAAAUAUGUGCUGCGCUCUUGGAAGCUGAUGUAAAUAUUCGUUUAGUGAAGAACCUUAGAGAAAAUGUACGGGCUGUCAUUGAUUUUGAUGAAAUGGCUGGAGGGCUUAAUAAGCGGCGGAUGAUACAGUCUGCUGUUUUCAAAGAAUUGGUCAAGUUGGUUGAUCCUGGAGUAAAACCCUACCAGCCAGUCAAAGGCAAACCCAACGUCAUAAUGUUCGUAGGCCUUCAAGGUUCUGGUAAAACAACAACCUGCACAAAGCUGGCUUAUCAUUAUUUGAGAAAAAACUGGAAAUCAUGUCUCGUGUGUGCUGACACCUUCCGAGCUGGUGCUUAUGAUCAAGUCAAGCAGAAUUGUACUAAAGCCAGAAUACCUUUUUAUGGAAGCUACACAGAAGUGGACCCCGUGGUAAUAGCAACUACUGGUGUAGAAAUGUUUAAAAAGGAAGGCUUUGAAAUGAUUAUUGUUGACACAAGUGGUCGCCACAAGCAGGAAGAAUCACUAUUUGAGGAGAUGUUGGCAGUUGCUAAUGCUAUUAAACCAGACAAUAUUAUAUUCGUGAUGGAUGCCACUAUUGGUCAAGCUUGUGAGGCUCAAGCAAGAGCUUUCAAGGAAAAAGUUGACAUUGGUUCAGUCAUAAUCACUAAAUUAGAUGGACAUGCAAAAGGUGGAGGUGCAUUGUCAGCAGUGGCAGCAACACAAAGUCCCAUAAUUUUCAUUGGUACUGGAGAGCACAUAGAUGAUUUAGAGCCAUUCAAAACAAAACCCUUUAUCAACAAACUGCUGGGAAUGGGUGACAUAGAAGGCCUGCUAGACAAAGUGAAUGAGCUUAAAUUAGACGACAAUGAUGAACUGUUAGAAAAAUUGAAACAUGGCCAAUUCACAUUACGAGCUAUGUAUGAGCAAUUCCAGAAUAUCAUGAAAAUGGGGCCAUUUUCACAGAUUAUGGGAAUGAUACCUGGCUUUUCACAAGAUUUGAUGUCAAAAGGCAGUGAGCAGGAGUCCAUGGCUAGAUUGAAACGUCUUAUGACUAUAAUGGACUCCAUGAAUGAAGGUGAAUUGGACCACCGUGAUGGUGCGAAAUUAUUUUCAAAGCAGCCAACACGCGUCACUAGAGUUGCCCAGGGUGCAGGAGUGACAGAAAAAGAUGUCAAGGAUUUGAUUGCCCAAUACACUAAAUUUGCUGCGGUAGUUAAAAAGAUGGGUGGCAUCAAAGGCCUAUUUAAAGGAGGUGAUAUGGCUAAAAACGUUAAUCAGACACAAAUGGCUAAACUCAAUCAACAAAUGGCCAAGAUGAUGGAUCCCCGUAUACUCCAGCAGAUGGGAGGUAUGUCUGGUCUUCAUAACAUGAUGAGACAGCUGCAACAAGGCUCAAGUGGAAUGAACAGCUUAAUGGGUGGCAAAUGACAGAAAAUUUAAUACAAUGACAUACUAAGAUUAACAAUACACUUGAUGGGAUAUCUCCUCACUUCACUGGAAAAUAUGUGACCUUUGUACUCUGUGUGCAAAGAAGCUACACAUACUAGCUAACCUGUUAACUGCUAUUAUUUCAUCCUAUCUAGUUUUAAUGUUAAUCAAAGAAAUAAGUCAAAAUAAACAUCUAUUAUGUGAAGCUGUCUUAAAUAAAAUAUACUGGAUUUAA